AUGCAACACGAAGUUCUGGACGAGCGCAAUGAAGGUGAAGUGUUGGUUGCAGAUGGGAACAAGGCUGCAAUCAACGGUGUCGGGACAAUCGUCGAAAAGGUGAUCCUGUCCAAUGGUGAAGAGCGUGAAGUCGAGAUCAAGAACGCGCUUUACGUCCCAAGCAUGAACAAGAACUUGCUUUCGAUACCACAAAUCAACAAAAGCGGCAAGUUUCAAGUGGUGUUUGAUGGUGACGAGAUGAAGAUUUCGAACAAAGGCUCCAAGCAAGUAAUGGCGAUGACCGAUCUUGUGGAUGGCCUCUACUGGCUUCGUACAUCCCAGCGAUCCGCGAAUGCGGCUUCAGGACUAAGAGUCGAAAACCUUCAUGCGCGUAUGGGCCACGCACCGGUUGAUGUCUUGUGCAGAAUGGUCUCCAAGGGCAUGAUCAAGGAUGCCAAGAUGCCAACAAAAUUGAGCGGACCAAGCGUGUGUCAAGGUUGUCUAGAAGGAAAAAUGGUUCAACGACCGUUCCCAAGCAAUCCAAACAAGCGCCACUACGAUUCGUUUGAGCUUCUACACAUCGACACUUGUGGUUCAAUGGAAGUCGACUCGCUAGGUGGAAGCAAGUACUUGCUACUGAUCGUCGAUGAAGGCAGCGGAUGCAUGAAGGGUUUCAGUCUGCGCGCCAAGUCCGACAGCGAAGAGUGCAUCAAGAAGUACAUCAAGAAGUACAUCAUGGCAGUACAGACGCAGUUUAACUACAAGGUCAAGUUUGUUCGACACGAUGGUGCACGCUAA